GAACAUAAGAAGCGCGCCUCCAUGCAGUAGGUUUCCUCUUUCUCUCUCCUCUUACUCUUAUCCUUCUCUUCUUUGGAAUUUUCCUCCCCUGUAAGAAUGAAAUCUUUGGAGCCUUCUUCGGCUCGGAAAAUUUCUUAGGGCCAGAGAGAGAGAAAGAGAGGAUGGAAGAAGGGGCGGAAGAGAGGGCGCCGUUGUUGGAGGGCUGGGUGGCCGCCGGCGGCGGGGGGGCGGCAGAGAACCGGGGACGGAGAAAUAAUGUAAACUCAAUGCGAGGGGUGUUCAUGGCGAGGUUGCCGGAGAAGGUGAAGCAGGGGGUCGACCCGGAGAAUCCCUUCCAAAUCGAUGUCUCCCGGAUGAAAGGCUUGAGGGAUGGAGAGAGAGAAUACUAUGAAAAACAGUUUGCUACACUUAGAUCUUUUGAGGAAGUUGAGACUAUAAAUAUUCCCAAUGAAUACAACAGCGAUCAAGAUCUUCAGGAGCAAGCCCAAAGUGAAUCUGCAAUGAGAAUAUCAAAUUAUGCAAAUAUUGCUCUGUUGGCACUAAAGAUUUAUGCUACUAUAAGAAGUGGAUCCAUUGCUAUUGCUGCUUCAACACUUGAUUCCCUGUUGGAUCUUAUGGCCGGUGGAAUUCUUUGGUUUACUCAUCUAUCAAUGAAGCAUAUAAAUAUUUACAAAUACCCAAUUGGCAAGUUGCGCGUGCAGCCAGUAGGCAUCAUUAUAUUUGCUGCCGUCAUGGCUACAUUAGGAUUUCAAGUUCUAGUUCAAGCCCUUGAACGCUUGAUAGAAAAUGAAGCACCUGAGAAAAUGUCCCGUGCGCAACUUGUGUGGCUCUACUCAAUCAUGCUGUCUGCCACUGUGGUAAAACUAGCUCUCUGGCUUUAUUGCAGAACCUCAGGGAACAAGAUAGUCCGGGCCUAUGCUCAGGACCACUAUUUUGAUGUUGUAACCAAUAUUCUGGGCUUGGCUGCUGCUGUUCUUGGCGAUAACUUUUAUUGGUGGAUGGACCCUACUGGGGCAAUUGUCCUUGCAAUUUAUACAAUUUUAAAUUGGUCUGGUACUGUUUGGGAAAAUGCAGUUUCACUGGUUGGUCAAUCAGCUCCUCCAGAGGUGUUGCAGAAAUUGACGUAUCUUGUUCUAAGGCAUGAUCCUCAAAUUAAACGUGUUGACACAGUUCGAGCUUAUACUUUCGGAGUCCUCUACUUUGUGGAGGUUGACAUUGAACUUCCAGAAGAUUUGCCUUUGAAAGAAGCACAUUGCAUAGGAGAAUCGCUACAGAUAAAGAUUGAGGAACUUCCAGAAGUCGAACGGGCAUUUGUGCAUCUUGAUUUUGAAUGCAGCCACAAGCCAGAGCAUUCUAUUCUUGUCAAGCUGCCCAGCAGACAGCCUUGAGCUCCAAGCAUUGCUUAUUUUUAGCUGUCUUUUAAUUCUACACAUCAUAGUGGGACGUCCAACCCAUUAACCAGAGAUGAAGGUGCGCGUACGUGAAAGGUUCUUCAUUAAUCAAAUUUCAGCUGUUUGAAGCCAAUGCUAAUUAAUUUCACCAGCUUGGUUGUAGUGUGUUAUUCUAAAAGGUUAAGCAAGACUAGAAGUUUUCGGAAUGAGAACAUGCGUAUAAAGACUACGUCAUCUGAUCUUCAAUAUUGUAUGUCGUAAGUCGGAAGGUUUUAAUGAUAACCAUGUUUGAUUUGUACUGAGAUUAAACGUCCUCUGAGGACUGACAGAUCUCUUUUGAGUUUUGAAAUAUAGAGCCCACAAUUCUCAAUUGUUCUGCAUCUAA